GGAGCAGGGCUAGCCAUUCUAAGACAGAAUGCUAGAUGGACAGCGAGUUCGAUUUUUGGUAAAGCACGUACUAUGUACUCAUAAUUUCUUGUAACAUUUUGUCUGUUCCUUCAAGGUCUCGUAUCCAAGAAAUGGCUUUCUGUAGUUCGAGAGAUCACAGCUUGUAGGAGCACAAUGGUAGUUUUUAAUGAUUUCUAAUGUAGAAUUGUUGAACAAUAUUUUAAGUGAGAGAAAUAAAUAUAUAUAAUGUGCUCUUACCUGUUCUUGGAAAUUAAGUCACAGUAAGGGAAUAAGGAUGCAGUAGUUUUUGACAGCACACCAUCACAUAGCUGAGCAAAGGUUAAUAAACAAUGGCUUUCCACAUUAAUAACAUCAAGGGUUCUUCUCCCCAAGACCAUGUUGUAUUGAUUGUACUGUGUUGGCCAUCAAUUUACUGUUAUGACGUGAAAGGGAAAGCAAGAAUGGUAUGUUUGGAAAAGAGAUAUUUCCUAGAAAUGGAGCUAAAAAAUCCAAAAUAUAUGGCUUUGACAAGAGAACAAAGCAAAAUACCCACCAUUGUGCUAUUUCAUGAUUUCUCCAUAAAUCAGAAGCAGUAAACAAGGAGUCAUUAGGCAUGCAUACACACAUACUAACUUUCUGACACUUAAGUUGACUUAACUCUCAGAGCAUAAGCAUGUAUGUGGAGCAGAGUUGACUUAAAUGUGGUGCAAGAUAAUGCACCUCCAAGAUGUAUUAUCCUGAGUCGCGUUUGUUAAGUCAACUCUAAGGGGCAGAGGAGGGCUCACAGGAUGCCUGCCACCAUGUCAAGUAGCUGUAUGCGUGUACCCUUCAGUGUGGCUUAGCUUAAGUAGGCUUAGUUAAGUCCCUGUAUUUCAAGUCAACUUAGACAUGUGUACACACUUUAGAUGAUGCUCUUCGACCUGGAAAGACUUUGGUUUGUUUGUUUUUUAUUCCUGUGCCAGUUGUGAGGCUUGUAAAUUGUGUAGAACAUGAGUAUUUUUAAUGUCCUCCUUUUUUAAAAAAUCGUGUCAGUAGAAUUGUGCCUAGGAAGCUAAAGGGAGAAAUUUCUAAUGCAGUUUCAGAAACUACAUAUAGGCUUCCUAAGUAGUAAUGGACAUCAAAAUACACCACAUAUUUUCCCAGUAUACUUUCUUCUAACUUUAAGGAUGUCUAAACUUUAAAUCUAACAUAAGCCAGGUAAAUCAUAGAAAUGACUAAAUGUAAGACUUAUUUGAAAAGUUGUCUCAUUGAUUUCAGUAGAAAUGGAACUGGGGAAAAAUAGAAUUUUUGGCUUGACUACUUUUUGGGAGGGGUGCAUCAAAUUGGCCACACAGAAAUUUAAAUGGGUAAAGUAUCUUACAUCUGAUGCUGCUCAAAUCAGAAGUGUGAAAGCAGGAUUUCCUGGGUCCUCAUCUGUAUAUGUAAGAGAGGCUGUUUGGUAUUAAAAGCUAUUAAAUUUAAAGAAUAGAACAUGCAAUCCUAGACUUCUACCUUCAUUCAGCUAACCCCAUUGUACAGAAGUUAUUUGGAAGUUCAACAAUAGAACUGACUGAAACUGGGAACUACUAACCCAUGAAAAAUGUGGAUAUUUUGAAGAUUUUUGUGUUCCGUAUUGGGACAAAAAUAUCAAAAUGGAACGGGUAGAUUUAGCCUAUAGAGAAAGAAUAGGUGCAUAAAGUACCUGAAUUACAUAUACUGUGAGGCAGUGUAUCAUCUCAAGCAGAUAAGGACUAAUACUGAACUGACAUGAAGUAAAACUAUUUAGUUUGGCAAAAUGAAGUGUAUCCAUUUGGAUUUUAUUAAUUUUUUGUUUCUGAUUUCUCCACUGGGAAAGUCUGAGUUAAACAUUUCUGACUUUGGACUUUGACCCAAGAUUUCCCACUGCAUUUUCAAAACAGCAGGCAUCGACUGUGCUUGUGAAAUGUCAAAACCACGGCAUCUCCUGCUUUGUCAUGCAACUAGGUGUAUGAAAGCAGUACAAGGAACCUUUUUUGGAAGCUGCAUAGAUGGUAUGGCAGCCUGCUAGCCACUGGUGCAUAACUAGUUCCUUUCCCUCCUCAUACAUACUUCUUCACCUUUCGCCAAAACUGAAGUAGUAAUUAAUCUUUGUAGUCUUUGUGGCAAUGCUGUAUGUACUUGCAAGGAGAAUUAUCCCAGUCAUUGUAUGAAGCCAAGUGCUAACUUUGCUUUAAGUGAAUUGACCAUGAGUGAUUAGCCCAUGAAUAUUUUGUUUGUUUGUUUGUUUUGGCUUAAUACUGAUAAAACCUUGGUUUAUAGGGCACUUGAGUAUAGAUAAAACUUUACCCCAAACAGUUUCCAGUCUGUUUCCCUGUAACUUCUAAGUAUUUUGAUGUUUUUUCCUAUUCCUUUCUUCCCCAAGAUUCUAGCGCUUUCACUUAGGCUGAACAGAAUGAAUUUGGAGGAUAAAUUGGCAGUCCAUUAAUGUAGCAUAAAGGAAUAAAUCCCCGAUUAUCUCCUUGAGCUACCUGCUACUUGUGCCGCCAUCUUUAAAAUCAUGUCAGUAGAAUUGUGUCCAGGAGGCUAAAGGGAGACAUUUCUAAUGUAGACAGAUAGGCUUCAUAAGCAGUAAUGGACAUAAAUCAAAAUACAUUACAUACUUUCCCAGUAUACUUUCUUUUAACUUUAAGGAUGUCUAAACUUAAAAUCUAACAUAAACCAAGUAAAUCAUAGAACCCAGUAAAUGUAAGGUGUUUGGGCUGUCUGUGCCCAAAGGAUUACAUUCAAACCCAAAAGAAAGGGAGGCAAGCCCAAGGAGCCUGGCAGAACAUGUAUGAUCAUAUUUUGAACAUGAUAUCACUUGUGGAGUUAUCUCAGAUUCGUAGAGCUGGGCAUCUGGGUUUUACCCCCUCCUGCCCCCCAAUCCCACUAAACCUCCCAUAAACCCACCAUCCCAUAUCCUACCAACCCUCGAUCCUGCCCUGGACUGUCUGUAGCUGGGGCUCCUGCCUCCACCUCUCACCCCUGCAGACUCCCCUGCACCCUAGCACUUCCUAUCCUCUGUCAUGAGCCAUGUUUUCCCACCCGCUUGGGCAUUCCCAGCCUCCAUGGAGUCCCAUGGUAGAGGUCCCCAGGCCUGCUGCAUGCUGCUUGCAGAGCUGGAUCCUCGUGUCCAUCUGGCCUGGCUGCCCCUCACCCUCAUACUGGAGGGGAGUCCAUACUUAAGUUGAUUUAAGAAGAGAAAGAGCUCCUAGACCAGUGCUGCCGGUCAACAUUAGGAACUCUUUGUGCUACAUUCCAUGAACUCUGUUUAAAUAGGCACUAGGAUAACAUCACUUUUUUCUGAGCAAUUGGUAAGGUUAGCACUUAAGUGAACUAAGUCUGUGCACCCUAGUCAUUUGGAAACAUGCAAAUUACUCUAUGUACAUUUAUUUCAAAGUCAGUAUUUUUUUAUUUUCCUGCAUUUCGAAUUGGCAAGGUUUUCCUGAUCCAAGAAAACAGCUAUGAAUGUCAAUGUAUAUGUAUUUUGAAUUAUCUAUACCAUAAUGCAUACAAAAACUUUUUAUCUUUUUGGCUGGGUAGUGACAAUAGCUUUGAGGUAUCUAACACUUCGAGCUAUCCCUUAUUGAACUAAUGGUGUUUUACAGUAAAGUUUGCUUCACACCAACCCUAUUCUGGAUUCUUUGGUGAAGGAAGUAGGAGUUGUCUGUAAUAUAAAUGUUGUUUGUUAUGGUGGCCAUUCUGUGAAUAUAAUGGUUUAAUUUAAUUGGGAGCCGACUGUAGGAUACAGGAAGGGAAACAAUAGACUGAUAUCUGCUCCACAGACAUCUGAGAUGGAGUACUUUGGAGGCUAUCUCUGAUCCCCUGGUAAGCCACCCAAACAUGGUUACAUGACAAGGGUGGUUAAUCUUAUAAAGGAUACUAUCUCUUUGGGGCUGGCUGUAAUUAAAGAUGCGGGAUUUAAGUUAUGGUGAAUGCAGACUAUGGUGGGGAGAGGGGUGUCUGGGAUAAGGUGGGUUUAUGUGAGACUAUUGGAAAGAUAUAUAGAUAUUGAUAUAAUAUGUGGAUCUUUUAUUGGAUACAAAACACUCAUGCUGAGUUCUUACUAUUAAGGCUGCAUAAUGCCUUUUAUUGAAAGGUUGUUUUGGUUCACUGCUGGUAGGAACUCUGGAAGGGAAGAUUUGCAGGUGCCGAGCCUAGCUGAGUAAUCCGGGUUGGUACGCUCUUAAUUCAGUGGUUCCCAAACUUUUUUUUUUUAUACUGUAGACUAACAAGCUCACUCAAAGAAUUUUGGCAGACCAGGUAUAGAAACAAUCUAAUUUACAUAUUUAAAUGUGUACAUGUUUAAAUAUGUAAACUUGUGACUAUUUAAUUUUGCACCCAGGUGCGGGUUGGGGCAUCACAACCACGGGCAUUGGGGGACCCUGUAGAGGAGGGGGCUGUGCAGGUGGCGGCCUGGGGGGACCCAGCUGGGGCUGCCUGGGAAGAAGGGGCUCUGCUGCCUUCCCUAGGAGCAAGCAGCAGAGCUGCCUCCUCACCCUCCACCCCAGGCAUUUCCCUGCCCACAUCUCUCUGCUCCCAGCUGCGGACAGGGCUGGGGGGCCUCCAGCCUGGCGCAGGCUCUGGUAUCUGCUGCAUGGGCAGCGCCAUGCCAGGUGCAGCCAUGGCGGCGGGAGUGGGAUGGGGCUACCCUGCUGCCCAGCUUUAAUCCCACACGUGACUGCCAGUGGCGGAAACUGCUCACCCAGGAGGAUAGAUGGGAGGUCCAAGCUGGGGGAUUGUGUCAUGACCUGGCAGCCAACCAUUUGUGGCUCAGUGGUUGGGAAUCUCUGCUCUAAUUCUCUCUCUCUCUCUCAAACUUGGUCUAGGAGUGCAGGAAAUGGUAGAGUUCCAGCCUGAGAGAGGUCACUGUGUAGGACCUAGCACCUGAAGAGUUGCACAUUCAAACUAGACAGGUCAAAGAUGCAGCUCUAUCCUUAUAUAAUGAUAUCCUCAUAUAUCCAGUAACUCAACUGGGACUAAAACCAGUUCUUAUAUUGGGAUAUCUGGGAGCAAUGUGACUGUGUGGGGUGGGAUAGAAAAUACUCAUUUGUGGACUUUAUGAAGCUCUACCAAAAUAUUCAAAACCUGGUUUGCAGCAGAACAGACAAGAUUACUUGCAUUGAAGCAAGUUAAUUUGGUAUGUUUAUCCUUGCAAUAUUAUGUACUGUUUGUUUCAUUUUUUGCUUAAAUACAUUUGAUGUCAGUAGCUAUAUAUACUUUGUCCUCUGAGGUGGGGAUGAUAACUGAGAAUCAUACCUUCAAGAUCAGCUCUUAAGCACUAGAAUAGACUACCUAGAGAGGUGGUGGAAUCUCCAUUACUGGAGGUCUUUAACAACAGGUUAGACAAACAUUUGUCUGGGAUGGUUUAAGAUGGGGAUGAUCCUGCCUUGGAGUUUAGACUGGGUUAACCUGAGGUCCCUUCCAGCUCUGCUUUUCUAUGAUUCUAAGCAGAACAGACUUCUUGGGCAUUUAAUACCACACUGGCAAUGACAGGUCAAAGUUCUCUGUUCAGUCUAGUAUUAAAUGCCUUGCCAUGGGGUUUUCCACCACUUCUCUUGAAGGCACUAUUCCAUGAGCUAUUGUUGAGCUGUCUGUUGUGGAAAAAUAUAUUCCUAAAACUUAAAAAGGGACAUAGUCAGAAUUCCAUAAAGGUACCAGUCUAAACAAAUCCUUUGUUUCCUUCCUGAACACACAAUGGACACCACUCAAUAUUACUUUCUGGUAUUUGUCCAAAUCCUUUACAAGUACUUGAAGUUGGUUUUAGACUGUUAGCAGUCUCCCACAUUAUGCGCAAACAGAACCUUUGCCAGUGUUUAACAAACUGUUCUUAUUUAGUUGCUUAACUUUUCCUCAUAAACAGUUCAUCCAUCCACCAUUUUCCCUGUAACAAUUUUUAUUUCUCUUACUUCCUUUCUCCCAGGUUGUUUUGAUCUUUCUGGUACUAAAGUACCUGGAACUGAGUGCAGAACCCUAGAUAUUGUUGCUCUUUUCUACAUGCUAUUACUUUCUCCUCUGUGGCUUAUAACAUGAUAUAGCUGUGACUGUGUCCAAAAAUGUAACCUUGUGGGUGGUCCCUUCCCCUCACCCUGCUUGCUUUUAAUAGGCCACAUGUAAUCUGUUCUCUUAUUAUCUAUCAGGCUUGGCAAGAAAAUAAAAUGGAUACGACUGGCGUAUUACUACGUAUUUUAUUUCCUUCAAUCUAGAAAACUAAGUUCCAUACCUUCUGCAAAUUCUUAUAUUUCUGUCCUAAUGGCUGUUUUGUCUUCCUCACUUGGCUUUGUACACAACACAAGUCCCCUAUUCCCAGAGGGUUGUAAUUUAGACCAGGGGUCAGCAACCUAGGGCCUGUGAAACCAUUGGAUCCAGCCUAUGGAGAUGGGUGGCUUUCAUAGCAUUCUGGUGGUGGGAGCCUGUGCCAUGGCCAGGAGAAGUGGCAGCAGCUGGAACAGCAGAACUCUGACAAGCUUUAUUAAUGUCAGCAUUACAUCACUGUCUGCUUCCAGGAUGGCAUGUGAGAACCAUUGCUGCAUGAACUGCAACUAGAUAUCCAACUCUUCUCUUUGCACUACAUUAUGCCUUUGGAGAUGGACUCAAAAGUAAACAAUCUUACUUUUGGGUGUCAACGAAGCUCAACAUCUGAUGAUGAUUCUGGCUGUGCCUUAGAAGAAUAUGCUUGGGUUCCACCAGGCCUUAGACCAGAACAGGUCCAGCUGUAUUUUGCCUGUUUGCCAGAGGAGAAAGUCCCUUACAUUAACAGCCCUGGAGAGAAAUACAGAAUUAAACAGCUUCUAUAUCAGCUGCCACCCCAUGAUAAUGAGGUCAGAUAUUGUCAGUCUUUAAGUGAAGAAGAGAAGAAGGAACUGCUUAUGUUUAGUGCUCAGCGUAAGAAGGAGGCAUUGGGGAGAGGCACUAUUAAACUACUCUCAAGAGCACUAAUGCAUGCAGUUUGUGAACAGUGUGGCACAAAAGUAAAUGGAGGUGAAGUUGCUGUUUUUGCUUCAAGAGCUGGACCUGGAGUAUGUUGGCAUCCAUCUUGUUUUGCAUGCUCUACAUGCAAUGAGAUGCUUGUUGACCUAAUCUACUUCUACCAAGAUGGAAAAAUUCAUUGUGGUAGACAUCAUGCUGAACUUCUCAAGCCUCGUUGCUCAGCCUGUGAUGAGAUCAUCUUUGCGGAUGAGUGCACAGAAGCUGAGGGUCGCCAUUGGCACAUGAAACAUUUUUGUUGUCUCGAGUGUGAAACUAUCCUUGGAGGACAAAGAUACAUAAUGAAGGAUGGACGCCCAUUCUGUUGUAGCUGUUUUGAAUCUCUUUAUGCAGAGUACUGCGAGACCUGUGGGGAACAUAUAGGUGUUGACCAUGCUCAGAUGACUUAUGAUGGACAGCACUGGCACGCUACAGAGACCUGCUUUUCUUGUGCUCAGUGCAAAACCUCUUUGCUGGGUUGUCCUUUCCUUCCCAAGCAAGGACAAAUUUACUGUUCAAAAACCUGUAGUUUGGGAGAAGAUGUUCAUGCCUCUGACUCCUCUGACUCUGCCUUUCAGUCUGCCCGAUCAAGGGACUCUAGAAGAAGUGUUCGUAUGGGAAAGAGCAGUCGGUCAGCUGACCAGUGUAGACAGUCUCUUUUACUGUCACCAGCACUGAAUUACAAAUUUCCUGGUCUUUCUAGCAAUGCAGAUGAUACCCUUUCUCGCAAGCUGGAUGACUUAAGCCUUUCAAGGCAUGGGGCAAGUUUUGUUAAUGAAGACUUCUGGAAAGGAAGAGUAGAACAAGAAAUGCCUGAAGAUCCUGAAGAGUGGGCUGAGCAUGAAGACUAUAUGACUCAACUACUUAUAAAGUUUGGUGAUAAAGGCCUCUUCCAGCAGCCCAGUGAAGUAGACAUCAGAUCAAGUGAACACUGGAUUUCUGAUAGCAUGGCCAAAAGCAAGUCUGAACUGAAAAAAAAUAAUCAAAGCCUGGCAAGCAAAAAAUAUCAGUCAGAUAUGUACUGGACCCAGUCACAAGAUGGCUUGGGUGAUUCUGCCUAUGGCAGCCAUCCAGGCCCUGCCAGCAGCAGAAAAAUUCAAGAGUUGGACAUGGAACAUGGGGCUUCAGGAUACAAUCAUGAUCAGACACAGUGGUACGAAGGCUCAUUGGAAUGUCUGUCAGAUCUGAAACAACAAGAACAAUGUGUUCGUGACUCAAUGGAUUCAUUGGCUUUGUCUAAUAUAACAGGGGCUUCGGUGGAUGGAGAAGGCAAGCCACGGCCAUCUUUGUAUUCUUUGCAAACCUUCCAAGAGUUGGAAGCUGAGGAAUGCGAGAAAAUGAGUAAUAUGGGAACUCUGAAUUCUUCAAUGCUCCAUAGGAGUGCAGAGUCUUUGAAAAGUUUAAGUUCAGAAUUGUGUCAAGAGAAGAUAAUAUUGCCAGAAGAAAAGCCAGUGCAUAUGCCUGUACUUAGAAGAUCCAAAUCCCAGUCUAGACCACAACAGGUAAAGUUUUCAGAUGAUGUUAUCGACAAUGGAAACUAUGAGAGUGUUGAAAUUCGUCAGCCUCCAAUGAGUGAGAGAACUCGUAGGCGUGUUUACCAUUUUGAGGAACGUGGACACCGCCAUCAGCGUCGUCGCAGGAGAAGUAGAAAGUCUCGUUCUGACAAUGCACUUCACCUGGCUACAGAAAGAAGAUGCUCACCAAAAGAGAGACUUCAGUUUUACUCUCCUCAGGAUCAUGACAAAUUUAUCCAAAAUAAAAGUCCACAUCAGAUUCAGGCAUAUAUUCAAAAUGCAGAGCUGUAUGGACAGUAUGCCCAUGCUACUUCUGAUUAUGCGCUGCGAAACCAGGUGGUUGAUAAAUUUUUUGGACUAUAUGGUGAUGAAGAUGAUUCCUGGUGUUCAACUUCAUCAUCAUCUUCAUCUGACUCUGAAGAGGAAGGAUAUUUUCUAGGACAACCAAUACCACAGCCACGUUCAUUAAGAUAUCCAUACUAUACAGAUGAUCUUUCUAGUCCAACUACUGCACUGUCCAGUUCUCAGUUUGGGCAAAGGACAACCAAAUCAAAGAAGAAAAAAGGACAUAAAGGCAAAAACUGCAUAAUUUCUUAACAUCUUAUGUUUAACAGUUGAAGACCAAUUUUGUAGUUACUUGUCUGAACCAUUUUUCAAAUUGUGCCUAAGCAAGUUGUUAAUGCUUUGCCAAUGUCAAUGAUAACUACUGGUGUUUACAAUGUAAAACUAACAUUCAGAAACAUUGUUUCUCCAGGUAACAGCUUAAACUUGCCAAGCUUACCCAAUAAGUUGUAGCUGUUCUACUCUUUGUUAGUGUCUGUAAUAAAAAAUGCAGUAUGUGGACAUUUAAACUUGGGUGACUAGCAUGUCAGUCCAUUUGAGAAAAGGGUGCAAUAACAUGAAUGAACUGUAGAUUCAUUAUUUUUCCUUUAUUGUUGCUUUAUGUAUACAAAUGGCUUUUAUCUUUUCGGGCUUUUUCCUUAGAGUGAAAUGCCCACACUCCCGAGAUCAGAAGUCACACCCUGACUUCUUUCACAAGAGGUCUCUGUCUCUAGAAACUGGAAUUUUAAUCUCUUGUUGUAUUUGAAUCUCAUGUACAACUUCCAUACUUUUUGUGUGUGCUAUUCUUCCAAAGAGUACUUCAGUAAAAGGAUGCAAAUCCAAACCUGAGUGUAGAAAUAGCUGCAGCCAUCUUCAUAUACAGGCAGUCCUCAACUUACAACGUGUCAAGUUAUGUUUCACACUUACAACUUUUAUAAAUCGACACCCUGUUUCAACUUUGAUGUCAGUUUUGACUUUAUAACGCUCAAUCUGACGCCAAGCCAUGCCAGGGAACAAGUUCGCUGCAUCACCCAUCUCCCUGGAGAACCAGCAUCUGUCCAAACUUCUUUGGAUGCUUUCUUUAAGAAAGCAGACAAGACUCCAGAAAAACCUGCAACCAAGACUCCUGAAAAGAC